AUGGCCCGGCGCCCCAACUCUAUGGCGCUGCUCUUCAGCUUCGGCCUCCUUUGGCUGUGCUCAGGGGUUUUGGGUACCGACACAGAGGAGCGUCUAGUGGAGCAUCUGCUGGACCCCUCCCGCUAUAACAAGCUCAUCCGUCCGGCUACCAACGGCUCUCAGCUGGUGACUGUACAGCUCAUGGUAUCAUUGGCCCAGCUCAUCAGUGUGCACGAGCGGGAGCAGAUCAUGACCACCAACGUCUGGCUGACCCAGGAGUGGGAAGAUUACCGCCUCACAUGGAAGCCUGAGGAGUUCGACAAUAUGAAGAAAGUCCGGCUCCCUUCCAAGCACAUCUGGCUCCCAGAUGUGGUUCUAUACAACAAUGCUGACGGCAUGUAUGAAGUCUCCUUCUAUUCCAAUGCUGUGGUCUCCUACGAUGGCAGCAUCUUUUGGCUACCACCUGCCAUCUACAAGAGUGCAUGCAAGAUUGAGGUGAAGCACUUCCCAUUUGACCAGCAGAACUGCACCAUGAAGUUCCGCUCAUGGACCUAUGACCGCACUGAGAUCGACCUAGUGCUCAAAAGCGAUGUGGCCAGCCUGGACGACUUCACACCCAGUGGGGAGUGGGACAUCAUCGCACUGCCGGGCCGACGCAACGAGAACCCAGAUGACUCCACCUACGUGGACAUCACCUAUGACUUCAUCAUCCGUCGCAAACCGCUCUUCUACACCAUCAACCUCAUCAUCCCCUGCGUGCUCAUCACCUCGCUGGCCAUCCUGGUCUUCUACCUGCCCUCAGACUGUGGUGAAAAGAUGACCCUCUGCAUCUCUGUGCUGCUGGCGCUCACCGUGUUCCUGCUGCUCAUCUCCAAGAUCGUGCCUCCCACCUCCCUCGACGUACCGCUGGUGGGAAAGUAUCUGAUGUUCACUAUGGUGCUGGUCACCUUCUCUAUCGUCACUAGUGUGUGUGUGCUCAACGUGCACCACCGCUCGCCUACCACGCACACCAUGGCACCCUGGGUCAAGGUGGUCUUCCUAGAGAAGCUGCCCACCCUGCUCUUCCUGCAGCAGCCACGCCACCGCUGUGCACGGCAGCGCCUGCGCUUGCGGAGGCGCCAGCGGGAGCGUGAGGGCGCAGGCGCGGUAUUCUUCCGGGAAGGCCCUACAGCUGACCCUUGUACCUGCUUUGUCAACCCCGCAUCAGGGCAGGGCUUGGCUGGGGCUUUCCGGGCUGAGCCCACUGCAGCCGGCCAGGGGCGCUCGGUGGGCCCAUGCAGCUGUGGCCUCCGGGGAGCAGUGGACGGAGUACGCUUCAUUGCGGACCAUAUGCGAAGUGAGGAUGACGACCAGAGUGUGAGGGAGGACUGGAAAUACGUUGCCAUGGUGAUCGACCGCCUGUUCCUCUGGAUCUUUGUCUUUGUCUGUGUCUUUGGGACCAUCGGCAUGUUCCUGCAGCCUCUCUUCCAGAACUACACUGCCACUACCUUCCUCCACCCUGACCACUCAGCUCCCAGCUCCAAGUGA